AUGAGCCUGGAGCCGAGGUCUCGGUCCCCCUGCGAGGAGGAUGGCGGAGCCGCCGCGACCGCGGCCGCGACCGCGACGGAGCCGCCGGAGCCUCCGCGGAGUCGUCGCGGUCGGCCGGUGCGGUGGAGACCCGAGAGAGAGAGCGCAACUUCCGAAGUCCCUCCUAAGAGCCCUUCACGUCUUCGGCUCGGCGAAGAGGUCUUUGCCCGCCUGUAUCGUGAUGCGUCCUCCAAGCAGCAGGCUUUGGCACAGUGGGCACAAGACAAGGAGAGGAGGGAAAGGGAAGCUUUCGCUCGAUCAAUGCAGGCUUCGGAAAAAACAGUACAGGAGAUUUGUGAGCGCAUGCACAAAGAUCAGAGGAAGCAGCCUUGCGCACAGGACGACUCGCAGAAGUACAUGCCGGUGCAAGAGAGCGCGGCGCCGACGCUGAGCGUGAAGGAGCAGAGGAUCUUCCUGCAAAAGCAGAAGAACUGGAACCAGCAGCGCGAAAGACGCACGCAGGCUCAGCGAGAAGAGCGCAGCGAAGCAGAGCGACAGUAUCUGGAGGACCACAGCAUCCACAAGAAAGUCUCCAAGGAGAGUGUAUCUGAUGUGCUCGCCUGCUGCCAUCGGCUCUACAAGGACGGCUGGCAGCGCACCAGGCGGCUGCAAAGGUUGCAGGAGUCUGCACAGGAGGAGCUUUGUCUUUCCAUCGAGGCCAACCAGGUCCAUAGGGCGGCCAGGGGGAGGGCCGCCUCUGCGCCGCCGCGUGCGGCUAGCCGUCCGGCGGGUGGAGAGGUUGCCUGCAUGCGGCUGCACCAAGACUCUGAGGACAGGCGUCGACGUGUCGAGCAGAAACGGCGAGAGCAGGACGAGUUCAUCCGCCAGCAAGCCAGACCGAAAAAGGACAGGACGCCCAGACCAUCAGUCAGUCCGCGGAGCACGCAGAGGGCAGAGACGGAUCGCAAGGCCAAGAGCCCCCAAAGCCCAGCUACAGCGACUACAGCGACGGCGACUGAGUCGCCCUUGUCGGCUGUGUCGCCCGUGUCCAGUGGCACAUCGACGAGCGCCCGAUCAAGCCGUCUACAAGGAGAGAAAGGCAGUGUUUCGGAGAAGACAAGAAGUGCUGCGGAGACGGAGACGGAGAGUCGUGUGGAGGUCGAAGUCGGCGUUCUUGGACUUCUUGGAGCUUCUGGAGAUCCGGGUCCGGGAAAAGGCUGCCUGACGUACUGUGAGGUGCUGACUAGAGGACUUGCUCUUCUGCGCACCCGAGCCGCGGAGAGCUUCCUUUGGGACGAGUCGGUCCGUGCGUCGGUUCUGACCACCGAUACACUGCUGUUCAAGAUCUACGCGCAGUCUCUCUCGGACCGGUGCCUCGCAGAGGCUUCCUUGGAGGUGAAGUCGAUCCUGAGGCUCUGCUCUUCUGGUUUCGAAGGCAAGCUGAGGAUGUGGUGCCAGUCCGAAGCCAGCUGGUUUCCUUGCGAGCCCUAUCUACACGUGACUCUCCGGAGCGCAGGGGUUCAGCAAGGGCUUGGGCCGGCGGCUCCGACAAGAGGGAAGAACUGUAUCAGGCAGACGGCUCACCGAGGUUGUCCUGAGGGCCGUGAAGUUACAGUACAAGCGGAGGCUAAAGGAUCGACGACUGCAACCACGAGUCAAGCUAGGAAUGGACACGUGGAGCAGCUCCGCUACCCCUGCCUAAUGUCUAGGCCGAUCGAGGUGUUGCCGCGCACGGCAGAUGAAGAUGGAUUGUUGGCUUCUUCAUCAACUUUCUUGCCUUUGAGAAAGAAGCUCACCUUAUCACGAAAGCAAGCAAGAGAAGCAAGCGAAGGAGGUUGCGAGUUCGAGGUUUGCAUGCUGCUUCCGGAGGCUGUAACAAGCCCAUCUCCGUGUUUUCGGGUGCAGAUUCCUGGAGAGUGGUUGCCGGACCAUCUGCGAGAGCCGCGUGACGAGCAAGAGGAGAAUGGGUCGGAGAAUGCAACAAAAAGCGGACCAGAAGAGGUACUGUUCUUCUUUCGUCAGGGACGCCCAGCUGAUGCCCACCAGGUGCAGUUUGAGCUCCCAUCGCAGAUCACGAGGCUCACAGCGCCUCAACCGACCACGGCCAAAGCACCGCUGCGGCGGCCGCGGCGUGCUUCGCCAAGCGACUCGUCGCGGCGCGAGAGUGCGGCACCAGAUACUGUUUGCAUGGCUGUAGACUUGAGUACUGGCUGGGAUGGCACUGGAAGACCUCGCGCUUGGCACUCAGUUUUCCUCGCUCGGCCAUGGACAUGGAGCGGGCUUUCCGGUUCGGAACUCGACGAGCGCGAGGAGCCCGACGAGCCCGGGCUCCUGCAGGGCGAGGUGCAGAGGGUGCUGAGCGACGACGAGUGGCUCGGCCUCGGGGCAGGGGCACGGAAGAAGAAGGCAGCAAAGGCAGCAAGCAGAGCAGAGCAGCUCUCCCAGCGCGGCGCGCCGAGGUGUCUGCUUGGCCCGGGCUCGGAGGUCUCCUUCGGCGCCGAGGCCGAGGCACAAAAGCUGCAGCCUGGCGGCCUGGAGCGCAGCGAGCAAGGCGAGGAAAGCGAGGGCUCCGCUGAGGCGUCCCUGCCGUCCCCGGACGCGGAGAUGGAAAGGGCGAUCCAAAGGGAGAUCCAACACAGCUUCGGCACCAGCAUGGCCUCUACCGAAGGCCGGCGGGACCCGUAUCCGCAUCGCUUCUCUUUCAUCGUGUCUCAGCAUCGCUGA